AUGCUGGACAUGCCUUUUUGUGAUGUCACUCUGGAGACAAGCGAUGGGGUUAAAGUACCUGCUCAUCGCUGCGUGCUUGCUACAUGGUCCCCUGUUUUCGCGACAAUGUUCAGCAGCGGAUUUCAGGAAGAAAAGAGUCGGCAUGUUAAGAUGAAGGACGUUAACAGCGCAACCUUGAAUGAGCUACUUACUUUUAUGUACACAGGCGAGCUGCACAUACAGACUGUGACCCAGAAGGAAUUGAACCUCUUGGCAGCAGCAGACAAAUACCAAGUCCAGGAACUAAAAGGGUACCUGGAUAUGUGCCUGCACAAUCUACUCAAGGCCGGAGCCUUUGAACCUGUAAGCAUAGGGCUCAGUGGGUGCAGUGCGGAGGGUGAGAGUGCACCCUUGUGCCGAAUCCCCACCUCCCUGCCUCCCCGCCUCCCUGCCUCCCAGCCUCCCCGCCUCCCCCCUUUCCUCCCUGCCUUCCUGCCUCAGCAGGCUCAGCAGUGUAAUAGUGCGAUGAAGGGAGGAGGAGGGAGCGGAUGGUGCGGCCCUCUGCCUUGCCUUGUGGCUGUUAUCCGUGAUGCGCACUGGGAGCCUGUGCUGCAGCAUGAGGGUCCAGGCGCGGGCAAACAGGGGGCAGAUGGCGUGUCUCGCUAUGAGGGGCAGGCAGGCGGGCCAGCAUUGGGGAGGAAGAGCAACGUGGGGCAGUGGCACAUGGGGUGCUGCGGCACCAGGGUAUGGAAGGGCAUGGAGAGGGGAUGGGUGUUGAGAGUGGUGCAGUUAGGUGCAGGGGCACACUGCAAUAGAGGUGGGGGGGUGGCGUGUGCAGCAGCGGGGGGAGUGGUGAGGGCAGAGGAGGGCGGGAAAGCGAGUGCAGCAGCGGGGGGAGUGAUGAGGGCAGAGGUUGGAGGAGUGGCGAGCGCAGAAGUGGGGGGGAGUGGCGACCGCAGCAGCGGGGUGGGGGUGGGGUGCCCGACCCCGUCCACUCCCCCUCCUAAUACCAGCACGGACAGUCCUGUUCAGUCGGCGCGAGUUUACCUUCCCGAUGUCGACCACGAGGUGUUCAAGCAUUUCCGCCGCAUAAAGGUGGACGAGGGGAAAUCGCAGCAAUACGAAUGCAGGUACUGCUGCAAUGUCUUUUCUGGCGCCGCCACCCGCUGCGCGCAGCACUUGGCGAGUUGGAGGAAGAUGAGGCGCCGCGAAGUGGCGCUAUGCAAGGAAGCCCCCUCUGAAGUACGGGCUGCCAUCCGGAAGAAGUAUGAGGCUAAGGCUGCAGCAGCGGAUCAGCGCCGCCAGGCGACAUCGGAUGCCAUUGCGUCGGUCACCAGCGGCGGAAAGAGGAGCCGCAUUACUGACUACUUGGAGACGGAUGCGGCAGCUGCGAAGCGCGAUGCACACGAGGCGUUGGCGCUGAUGUUCGCGGCGUGUCGAAUCCCGGAGCGCGUGGCGGAGCACCCCCUCUUCAUCAACGCCGUUUGUGCCAUUAGGGACUCCGGCACAGGAUACGCGAACGUGUUUCUCGUCAACGAGAGCGGUGCGGUGUUCAAGGACAGCGUGGACUGUCGCAUGGAGACCAAAACCGGCGGUUAUGUCGCCAGCAUCCUCAGGCCCGUGCUGGAGGAGGUCGGUCCAGAUAACGUGGUGGCGUUCUGCACGGACGGUGGGUCCAACUACGCGGUGGCGUGCAACGAGCUGAUCGCGGAAUGGCCGCACAUUCAACACGUGCCAUGCGCCACCCACGUGUUGGACCUCUUCAUGGAGGACGUCGGCAAGAUGACGUGGGCCAAGGUGGUGGACACUGCGGGCGAGAUCAGCUCCUUCUCGCUUGCACAGAUGGUGGUGUCUGAUGUGUGGAAGGGCUGGGCAGUUGGGGAUAGGAAGAAGUCUGCGGAUAAGUUUGCGUCACAAGUUCUUGAUGACGCGUGGUGGCGGACGGCGGAGUUUUUCUCCAAGCUGAUGAAGCUCCCGUUCAUGGCAAUGCGUAAGACCGAUGGGGAUGCCAAGGGGAUGAUGGGCCGGAUGUAUGACGUGAUGCUGCAGUUGACUGAGGAUGUGGGGACAGUGGUGGAGGAGGAUGAGGAGCAGCUGAGCUACUCCGACAAAGUGAACAUCCGCCGCCUGCUGAAGAACAGGUGGGACGACAGCCUGGCCUGCCCCAUGCACGUUGCGGGCAAAAUUCUCAACCCGGCGAACCAGGAUGAAGACAUCUUCGGCUCAGACGCGGAGUGCACUAGGGUAUUCAAAACGUACAUCACUCAGCACGCCGAGCACCUCUGCAAUUACGGGAAGGAGGGGGAUGAUGGGGAUGACAUUGGCGAGGUUUUGAUGGAACUGCAAGACGGGGUGAGGGCAUUUCUGGAUAUGAAGGGAAGCUUCGGGAUGGGGGAUGCAAUUGCUCAGAGGAACUUGGUCAAGCAAGGCAAGUAUGACAUGGUAAAGUGGUGGCAGUGGCACGGCACUGACGCACCAAAGCUGGCGGCCCUAGCCAUCAGGACUCUCUCUCAGCCCGUGUCGGCUUCACCAUGUGAGAGGGGAUGGUCAACGUGGGAUGGGGUGCACACGGCCCGCCGGAACCGGCUUGGCUCUGCCAAGUGCCGGGAUUUGGUUUUUGUUGCGCACAACUGGAGCGUUGUGCGCAACUGGCAUUCCCGUGCAGAUGUCAUGCUGGGUGUGGUGCUCGGGAACAUCCCGGAGCCUCCCGUGCCCGAGGGCUACAAUGUGAUGGAGGGGGACGAGGAGGAGGAGGAGGAGGGGGAAGACGACAUUUUGGAGGAUGAGUAUGCGUGCAAUGAAGUGUGUGGUGAGAGGCAUGGUAAGAGGCAUGGUGAGAGGCAUGGUGAGAGGCAUGGUGAGAGGCAUGGUGAGAGGCAUGGUGAGAGGCAUGGUGAGAGGCAUGGUGAGAGGCAUGAUGAGAGGCAUGGUGAGAGGCAUGGUGAGAGGCAUGGUGAGAGGCAUGGUGAGAGGCAUGGUGAGAGGCAUGGUGAGAGGCAUGGUGUGAGGCGGUGCGUGGUGAGGGGCAUGGUAGGGCGGGGAGUGCAGUGGGUAGGUGGUGAGGGGUUCUGA